CAACCGGCACGGGUAGAAGUCGUCAGGGAUGAAAUCCUAGGCAGAUUUCCGAAUCGAUUCACGUCAUCAGUAACAACGACCACAAAAAAGGCAUGGCUUCGCAGCCUCCUCUUCCUGAGGUCGAUGCCGAGCUCGCUGCUCUGGUCUGCCGACAAGUAAUUUUGCCUCUUUUUAACACCCAAGGAGAAGAACUUGACAUCACCGCAGGUUGGGACUUAGAAUCGUCGAAGACAGGAAUUUUUGCAGAAGUCCGUUUGUCCGAAAAGCUGCUGAAACAAGUGAUCGCCGCGCGUAAGGAGUUGCGAGAGUUGGAACGUGAAGUGGCAUGUGAGCGGUCGUUGUUUAUGAUAAAACAUCACUGGAUGUCGAGGCUAAAUAAGUCUGGCUUUCUCUUUAUUUCUAUUUAAGUUACUUAGUACUACUGGCAUGGUGCUGCGUGCAGCGUGCUGGGUCUUUUAGUAAGGGUCCAGAAGUUUGAAGUAGGAACACCAAGGAAGUUUGAAGUAGGAACACCUCAAUCAACAAGCUGUCACGGAAUAUGAAGUAGAAGAUACUUACUCUAAUUUGUGCGGAAAUUUGAAGAAGCGAAAGAAAACGGUAGAGGACCGGCAGGGGAUAGUAGAGAUCCAGCGAGAACGGGAUCGAGGCUUGAUGAACACGGUGGUCCAGAGACAGAAGGACCUGGCAGCAUCCCUCACUUUGCUCCAGAACCGAAGAAGUUGUUUAGAGGGAGAACUGCAAGAACUCCUGGAUGAGAACAGGAUUUGGCGCGAGAAGUGUCAUUCUCUCGCUGAAGCAGAAGGAAAAUUGGACCAGUUGUGUUACGGUACACGACAGGUAGAAAGACUCACAGAGCGUGCUGCCUUCGGCAGAGCUAUCUAUUCCAUGAUUGAAACGCCUGAAGUAGAGAAGUUGGCCAUUCGACCGUACACUUCGUGCAGGUGUCAUCGAUUCAUCAACAAAUAGCUCUCCAAAACCUACUUACCUCUUGUCAGGCAUAUCAAUCAACCACAAUAUCUACGAUUCAUCUACUUCUGAGAUGAAGAUUAGCGUAUAAUUAUGAACGACGUCGUGAAUUAGCGAGAGCUCCUCUAAAAUGUGGCCAACUUUGCUGACCAAGCUGACCAGGUAGGCGGCGGCGGUGGGUCGAGAGUAGACCCGCUGCAUGGUGCCGGUAGUAGAGACGAAGCUAGUGGAGACCAGGUUAUGUAUCUAUAGCAUUUCGUUUUCGGAUUGACCUUGUUGGGUGUACUACUUAUAUGAGAUUAAUCCGCAAACGCGUGGCGCCUCGGUUGUUGAACUCCCGCGGGCCCGAAGGUGUAGCGGGCUGAUCAUGUCUGUGCUUUUUGAAGUCUAUUAGUCAGCCAAGUUGGCAAUCAUCACCAGCCGAAUAACGGCCUCCCCAUUUCAUAUUAACAAGAACGACCACGGCACUGCCCAUUUCAUAUUAACUACCAGAACGACAGCUGCGAAGAAGGUUUCGCCAAAGGAGGUCUUGGAGGUGUUGCAGUUUGAGGGUUCCCGACUUUCCGAGACAGUGAGGACUCUCCUACGUGACGAACAGCAGCUGCAUGCGGUGAAGCGAGUGAAAGAUGAGCGUGAACUGGUGGAGCUGAUGGGCGAGACCAGGUUAUUGGAAUUGAACCGGUACGAAGAAGAACUCGAGGAAAAUCAAGAGCGACUGCGACAGGAAACUAGUGUGUUGGAGUUAAGAAAAACCAUAAGAAAGUAGUUUCAGAGUACUAUUUAAGUAGUACUAGUAGUUGGAGUUCUUGGGGUUGCAACUGAGCAUCAGGCGAUUCUUUCAUAAUGAAGUUAGGGACCACAAAUUCUAAUGCAGUUGGAUGCCAAAAGGUAAUUAGAACAUUUUUCCGGUUUUAUCAUUAUCCAUAUCCUAGUUAGCUUGGCUCCACCCGUAUUAUCCAUAUUCUCUAUAUUUUAUCUUUCCAACGCCUCUCUCUUCUUGUUCUAACCUCCCGAGUCGAAGGUGAGCUUCAAGCCAAGAAAAAAGUACUCCAAAAAGAUUGCGGCAAGCUACAGCAAGAUUUAGAGGACUUGGGUGGAAAGCAUGGUGCCGAAAUGAGCAAACUAGCACAGGAGAAGGAAAGGAUCGGCAAAGAAAGAGAUAAAUUGAGUCGGAAGCUGAAAGAACUCUCUCAAGACUACGACAAGAUGCGACAACGAUGGAAAAAGUAUCGUGCGAGGAGGAAAUUGUUUUUAGGGCUACAUCUUGGAAGAUAGCGUUUUCCUUUUGUUGUUGUAAUGACUGAAUUUUUGAUGCUCCAGUCUUUCAACCUGUUACCUAUAACUACUAAAAAAUCGCUUUCUCUCCAACCACCAUCGCUGUUUUCCCAGCAAAUUGUACCGGAUUGUCCUUCAAGUUACUCUACUUUCCUCAUUCUCCCUAAGCCCUUCCUCUCUCUGGUCCCUCUUUCCUCAUUCUCCCUGGCAUUAUUCUUGCUCUAAUCCCUGAACAAGACACGAAGACGUGUAAGCGAUGUGGUAAAGAAUACAUGGAGAGCGGUAAUUUCAACUGGAGCUGCCGAACACAUAGUAGUGAAUUCGGCGGUGAAAUGUUUAUGAGACUAUAUAACAGUAGAGCAUAGAGAGCUGCCGAACACACAGUAGUGAAUUCGGCGGUGAAAUGUUCAUGAGGACACAGUAGUGAAUUCGGCGGUGAAAUGUUUAUGAGACUGUGGGCGAUCCGCCACAGCCGAACAGGCUCGUAGUGUGGCCGUGACGCCGCGGCAUCCUAUCCUAUCCUAUCCUAUCUGGCAUAAGAUCUAGUUCCCCACAUUGGGAAUGUAGUAGUAAAGAGCCAAUAUCAAUCUAAUCCUUCCAUGGGGGAUGUUUGUAAGUAGAGCGGUCCACCUUAGAAUACAUCCUUCCAUGAGGUCGAAUGUCUCAUCUUGGUGUAGGUGCUGGAGUUCGCAAAGGCAAACGGCAUCCCAUCCUCUCCUAAUUACUGGUGGUGUUGCGGCAAACUAGGAAUUCAAGCGUUGGGGUGCAAGUUCGGAAAGCAUGAGUCCAAGGAUGACGAUGAGGACUGGGAAUUGAAAGGACCGCAGAAGGAAGAGGAAGGUGAUGGAGGACAGAAGUAGGGCCCCAUACGGGUGUAGUUCUACUACUUAGAAUUGAUAUUGAAGAGGAACAUAUGGAAGGAAAAAGUGCACUCACACUCAAGAAAGUAGCUCCUUUCCCACUUGAAUCUUAGUCAAUUUGUUGAGUGUGAGUGCACUGUCUCCUUUCAUAGAACAAGGUGGAGUAGAUGAUGAAAAAAGAUUCGUAGAACAGGAGUAAGAAGAGGCUGAACAUGAUCUGAUACACUUCUUCCACGUGACUCAAUCUAAGACUUAUAAAGUCUCCUCUAACCUCUUGAGCAAGAAGGUAAAGCAACGAGGGAUGCAACGAGGGAUGCUCGGAUUCGAUGCUACGGCUGCCGGGAACUUGGUCAUAAAGCGAAAGACUGUCCUAGAGAUCCGAAUGUGCUGUCGUCAAAAGAUCCGAUGAAAGAGAUUCGUCGCUCCGAUGGCAUCCCAGAGAAGAGUAAGAGUACGAGCGCGUCGUUUGCGAACUUUGCUGGGGUGUUAGCUAAAGUCGGUUCCCUCGAAGGAAAUGCCGCAGCUGAGACAUCUGAGGGGUUAGCGUUAAGGCUACGGGCUAUAACUUCAUCAGAAGCCCCUUGAGUUAAGUAGUCUAUAGAUACGGAGGACCCUUAAGUAGUUAGCCUAUAGGGAUCCCCUGUUGAACCCUAGGCCGUACAUACAAGGACCCCGGAUUAAUGAACUGCACAGGAAUAAAGUAUGGUGUAAAGGUAACUCUAACAAAGGACGCCGGAUUCCAAGACGUGCAAAAAUUACUACGUAGGAAGCUGAGGGCACGACGCAAGGAGUUUCUAGAUGCGGCGAAGAAGAAUCACGGCGCUGAAGAGGGGCGGGAACCUGAUUAAGGCAACAGGAGAAGGCCGCCUGUCCACCAGGUGGGGGGUAUCGCAAAAAUUUUCAAAUUUGAUUUACGUGGUAAAAACUAGAUGAUCAAAAUCCUCGCGCAACAGACUUUGACUUGAUAAUCAACGACACUACACCAGCUCUAAUUCCUCCUCGUCUGCCAAGAAGUACCGGCUGAAGAAGGGGAAAAACCGAAAAAUACCCAUGGUGACGAGUUGCCGUAUGCGGCUUUUACGACUGCGCAGGAGUUAGAGGAUGACUUCUUGAUAUCCAGCGAAGAAGAGGAUCUUUCGCCAUUGAAACGAGACGAUGAUGAAUUUAAGGCUCCUUUUGAAAAUCCAAAUCCAUCCUUGGCAAGGACAUUCAUCGAUCUUGGCCUCAUGUAUUUUCAAGUCAAAGAUAAGGGCGCUAAGAAGAUGCUUGUUCUUAUCGGGAUGAAUUUAUUAGCAGGCAAGGUCUAAUCACUCCUCAAGUGAAGACGGCGAAGCAUUUACGCCCGCUCCUACAGGGAACAUCCCAGGUGGUGGAGCAGAUAUGCCUGUAUUGGAUGAAUAGAUUUUGAUUGGUUACAACUGCUCCAAUCCUAGUACUAGUGUAGUUGUCUCUGUAGUCGUGACAUGCGAAGUCAAGUUGUUGCAGAUUUUGAAUAGUGAAAAAAUCAUUCUAGUAGAAUGAGUUAAAACUUGACGUCGAGUACACGUUAUUUUUACGUCUAAAGACACGCAUAAGUGAGUUGUGGACCUGAUUUGAUAUUUGUCAACCGUGCUGCUAGUCGUCGCUACGAUUCCGAGG